AUGAUCGUGCUCGUUGUGUUGCUGAGUCUUGCCGCUGUGUUGCAACAACCUGCUUCAAAUGCACAUGCAUUAGAACUUGGAGCAGAGGAGCGAAAGGAGAUUCUUGACAAGCACAAUGCCCUACGGAGAGGAGUGCAGCCAACUGCUAGCAACAUGCUGAAGAUGGAAUGGAAUACUGUUGCUGCUGCGAAUGCCCAACGCUGGGCAAGUCAAUGUCGUUUUGCUUACAGCUCAACACCAGAAAGAUUUGUUGAUAAAAUGCACUGUGGUGAAAACGUGUAUAUGUCAGUUGACCCAAAAACAUGGACUGAAGUAACUGAAGUUUGGUAUGGUGAUGGAAAAAAUUUCAGCUUUGGCUCUGGAGCUAUCAGUGCAGGUGCUAUAACUAGCCGUUACACUCAGAUGGUUUGGUACAGGUCUUACCUAGUUGGUUGUUAUGCUGCCCACUGCCCUGCAAGCAAACUCAAGUACUUCUACGUUUGCCAAUAUUGCCCGGCUGGGAACGAACUGCGCUUACUCAGAACCCCAUAUAAGUCUGGACCACCUUGUGGGGAGUGCCCUACCAGUUGCGACAAUGGAUUAUGCACCAAUCCUUGCAAACAUGUAGAUAACUACCCAAACUGUGCUGAAUUAGUGAAGUCACAAGGAUGUGAGAUGGAACAGAUGAAGCGAAAUUGCGCUGCUUCUUGCAAGUGCACCACCGAAAUAAAAUAG